GCUUCCGGGUCGCGCAGGGCCGGGCUCGGCGGGCUUGCGCAGCAGUGCGGGAUUUCGGGGGCCACCGUUGCGCCCUGGCUUCCCGGCGCCGCCCGGUCGCUGGUGAAGCUCACGGCGCGCUCUCCCGGACCCUCCAGGACAUUAGAAAUAAAUGUGUGUAAGCCUACAGUCAUUUCAUAAAUGGUGGUGGACUACAUAUAACUAACUAUAACUUCCAGUAAAAGAAUGUCACAUAUCAACAUCUGUACCUGAAAUCAGCAUGCAAUUUUCAGGCCGCAUGGAUGAGUGCCAAAUUUUGCGUUUCCUAUGACCUUUCUAUCUGGGGAACAUCCUUCAAAGAGUUCAUGCAUCUUACAGAGGACACCUGACCUUUUGAAGCUUCAUAAUUCACAUCUAGAUGUCACCAGUGUUCCCCAUGUUAACAGUUCUGACCAUGUUUUAUUAUCUAUGCCUUCGGCGCCGAGCCAGGACAGCUACAAGAGGAGAAAUGAUGAACAGCCAUAGAACUAUAGAAUCAAACAGCCGGACUUCCCCUCUGAAUGCAGAGGUGGUCCAGUAUGCCAAAGAAGUAGUGGAUUUUAGUUCCCAUUAUGGAAGCGAGAAUAGUAUGUCCUACACAAUGUGGAAUUUGGCAGGUGUACCUAAUGUAUUCCCAAGUUCUGGUGACUUCACUCAGACAGCUGUGUUUCGAACUUACGGGACAUGGUGGGAUCAGUGUCCUAGUGCUUCCUCGCCUUUCAAGAGGACACCGCCUAAUUUUCAGAGCCAAGAUUAUGUGGAACUUACUUUUGAACAACAGGUGUAUCCUACAGCUGUUCAUGUUCUGGAGACGUAUCAUCCUGGAGCAGUCAUUAGAAUUCUAGCUUGCUCUGCAAACCCCUAUUCCCCAAGUCCACUAGCUGAAGUAAGCAGAUGGGAGAUUCUUUGGUCAGAGAGACCUACGAAGGUGAAUGCUUCCCAGGCUCGCCAGUUUAAACCUUGUAUUAAGCAGAUAAAUUUUCCCACAAAUCUUAUACGGCUGGAAGUAAAUAGUUCUCUUCUGGAUUAUUACACUGAAUUAGAUGCAGUUGUGUUACAUGGUACGAAGGACAAGCCAGUGCUUUCUCUCAAGACUUCAGUUAUUGACAUGAAUGAUCUAGAAGAAGAAGACUAUGAAGAAAAGGAUGGUUGUGGAAUGGACAAUCUUAACAAAAAGCUUAGCACUGCCCUCAGGGCUGGGCCAAAUAAUGGAUAUUUUGACAAACUACCUUAUGAGCUCAUUCAACUGAUUCUGAAUCAUCUUACGCUACCAGACCUGUGUAGAUUAGCACAGACUUGCAAACUGCUGAACCAGCAUUGCUAUGAUCCUCUCCAGUACAUCCAUCUCAAUCUGCAGCCUUACUGGGCAAAACUAAAUGACACUUCACUGGAGUUUCUGCAGACUCGCUGCACUCUCGUCCAGUGGCUUAAUUUAUCUUGGACUGGCAAUAGGGGCUUCAUCUCCGUUGCAGGAUUUAGCAGGUUUCUGAAGGUUUGUGGAUCCGAAUUAGUCCGCCUUGAAUUAUCGUGCAGCCACUUCCUAAAUGAAACUUGCUUGGAGAUUAUUUCAGAGAUGUGUCCAAACCUACAGGAGUUAAAUCUCUCAUCCUGUGAUAAACUGCCACCUCAAGCUUUCAACCACAUUGCUAAAUUAUGUGGCCUUAAACGACUUACUCUCUAUCGAACAAAAGUAGAGCAAACAGCGCUGCUCAGCAUUUUGAACUUCUGUUCAGAGCUUCAGCACCUCAGUUUGGGUAGUUGUGUAAUGAUUGAAGACUAUGAUGUGAUAGCUAGCAUGAUAGGAGCCAAGUGUAAAAAACUGCGUACCCUGGAUCUGUGGAGAUGUAAGAAUAUCACUGAGAAUGGGAUAGCAGAACUGGCUUCUGGGUGUCAGCUUCUGGAGGAACUUGACCUCGGCUGGUGCCCUACUCUGCAGAGCAGCACCGGCUGCUUCACCAAACUGGCACGCCAGCUCCCAAACUUGCAGAAACUCUUUCUUACAGCCAACAGGUCUGUGUGUGACACAGACAUUGAAGAACUAGCAUGUAAUUGUACCAGAUUACGGCAACUGGACAUAUUAGGAACAAGAAUGGUAAGUCCGGCAUCCUUAAGAAAACUCCUGGAAUCAUGUAAAGAGCUUUCCUUACUUGAUGUGUCCUUCUGUUCUCAGAUUGAUAAUAGAGCUGUGCUAGAAUUCAACAUGAGCUUUCCCAAAGUGUUCAUAAAAAAGAGCUUUACUCAGUGACUUACUAUAUGUUCUAUAAUAAAAUUAAUGUGCUUUUGUAGGAUUUUAUCUUAGGGUUGGUUUUGUUUGUGUUUUGUGUAGUUUCUAUAAUGGUGGGAAUGUCUUAACCCAUUAAGACAUUUGUAGGUUUUAAAGAAAAAUAUGAAAUAUUAUGAAAUACAGAUAGGUAUUGCCAAAUACAUGUGUUAAUCCAUAAGAAUAUGAUUUUCAUUGAGCAUAUUUAUCACUUGGAUGGCAUUGAUAGAACUCCCUUGGUAAUUUCCGUUUAGCAUGUUAUUACAUUGCAGAUUAAUCACUUCCAGUUGAAGAUUAGGUGGAGGCUGCACAACUGAAUGGAUUAUGGAAAAUGGCAAUUUCCUUUAUACUUGCAUCAGUGUCCAAAAAAUGCUGUUGGACCUAUAGUUUGAACUCAGAGCUCAAAAAAUCCAUUGCAAAUUUAUGUGAGAAUGGAGAUCUUGCUUAUUUCGUCUUACCAAAAGGUGCUACCUCACCAAGAGGUAAGAUAGCACAAGAAGUAUAUAAAGCAGCUUGAUGUCACUUCAUAAUUCAAACGAUGUUACUUGUCAUCAAAAGUACCUAUGUUUCAUAUAUAAACACUGUUUUGCUCCACUUACAGGGCUUCUGAUUCAGUAGAAUUUGCAUUUCAAAUAAGUAGCCAGACAGGUGAUGCUGCUGCUGCUGCUGGUUUGGACCUCUCCUUGAGUCUGGAAGCUUUUCCUGAAUCCCAGUGAAUCCCACAUACAGUGGGACUGUUUUCCUUAUUUUGCGCUGUUUCAAUUUUUGGUUGAAUUCAUCACAAAGCAUAAUUAAGUCUGCAACAAAAGCUGAAUUCUAAAGCGCUUCAGGGGCUGAGUGUAUAUCUCAUUCAGAAGAAUUUAAAUAUCAGCUCUGAGCUCAAAAACAAUGAAACUACCACUUCUAAACCAACAAACUGCUAGUUGACACUACUGGUUCAACAACACAAGAUUGAGUCAAAUAUAUGCCACAAAGUAUCCACUGAUGAGUAAUACAGUAUAUAACCAUAGAUAUUAACACUUCACAUUUGUACAAGCUUUGUAAAUUUGACUAACUAAGCCUACUUUUUGUUCCACACAUUUUUUUCCAUCACCAGUUCUAACACAUUUUAGCAGAUUCUACUUCAGUUUGUGCUGAAAUCGUGCUUGCUUAACUUUUUAGAAAAUAUUCUUACCUGUAAUUGCUCCACAUAUACUAGUCAUACAAACGAACUCUUCAGAUGCUUCCGCCUUGGCAUUGACUUAUCAAAUAAACAACAAUCACUAGGCAGUAUAAGUAACAUCUGUUGACUCAUCAAGAGCCAAGGAAAACCA